CGACAGUCCGACCAUGUCUAUCAACAUCAAGGAUACCGUGAAAGCCAUCCGGGAGAUGGUCCCCAUCAUCGACCCAGAGGACGACUACCUCACUAUCGCCGCCGCGGAGGAGCAGAUGGCUCUGAAGCAGGACGCGCGGCAGAAGGAACUGCACGAUGCUCAUGCUAAACUCAAACAGCUUGCCAAGGUGCUCGAAGCUGCGCGCGUAUCCGCCACCCGACCGUCGACCAUCCCCUCUGCGGAAGAGCACGUCGCGCACAUGAACGACCUCGACGCCACACGCCUCUCGCUCGCAAAGGCCAUCAACGACGCCGAGGGCGCUUUAGCAGGCAAGGAGGCGGAGCUCGCGCGACUAAAGGAAGAGACUCGCGUACUGGAGACGUCGGAUCCUGCGGCAGACCACGACCUCGAUGCUACUACGCUGAGGCUUGCGCUGUACAAGGGACUCGGGUUCGAGCCGAUCAUGGACAAGGGCGGGCGGAUGCUUGUUCGCGCAGAGUCGGGAGAUGUCCACUGCCUCACAUUCGACGACCGGAAGAAGUCGGACGAAGAGUAUGCUAACGAGCUUUGGAGGCUCGCGUCCAUGAGGAAGUCUCGGGUUCGUCCUUCGUAUCAUUACCCAUAACUUAUACCCUCCCUUCUUGUCUAUCAUGUCUUGAAACAUCUGUACGCUAGCGAUGUGGAAAUAUAUACAAGUCCUAUAUGAUAC